UAACUACAAUUUCGCGGGAAAAGAUGUCCUCCUCUUUUAAUAAGCUUUCUUUAUACAAACCAGCUGCAGUCUCUGAAAGGUUCAUGUCUCCAGAACUGGUCAAUCCCAGAAAUAAGGAGCCCAUGCCUUCUCCCAGUCUCCAUUCCACUCCACCUCCUCCGACUCAGUCUCUCUCACUCUCAGAUAACGAACACUCUCUACUGAGCAACGAAGCUCCUCUUAAUUCAACGCUACAAAAUAGUCGUAUUUCUUCUGCCAGUGCUGGCGACGAUAAAACUAUGUUGAUGGUACAAACGAUAGAGUCCCAAACUUAUUUAACAAGUCCCGAAGUACAGGUUAAUACUAUUGAGACUCCAUCUCUUGCUCGUGUUGUCCGCCAUUCUCCUCCUCCUCUUCCUCCACCCUCUCUCCCUGUUAGUAAUUCACGUCAGCAUCGGUUCAGUUCUAAUUUUGUUCCAUUGUCGUCAUUCAAAGAACCUUUAUCAGCAUCAAAGGAUGGAGGGACUUCAGUUAGGGAAAAACCAAGUCUUAGCUUAUUGCAGCAUAUUGAAGAAGGUAAUACUGAUCUCUCAGAUGAAGAAGUUGAUGGAGCUGGUACAAACCUGGUAUCAGCAACUUCAUCGUCUUCUACUCUAAAGGAGUUACUGGGAGACAAGGAACAUCAGAAUAAUGGAGGACAUGAAGAAAUAAAACCAACACCAGUUGAGAGUUUACAAGAACAAGCUAGUACGGAUGUAAAGGAAAAUGAAGGCAAAAGACCAAAAAAGAAAAGCUCUAGAGUUGUGGCAUCACGCUACAUGUCAGGUAUUAGCAGCUACAAGAAGAACCAGUUCCCACCCAGCAAUACAUCAGUUAGAAAUACUACCACUAGUACUACUACUAAUAAUAAUAAAUCGGUCAUUACUAAACCAGUCAAAAGGGGGACACUAAGUCAAUCUGUCAGUAAUGUCUCUUUUAACCCCACCCAUCGCCACACCUCCACACCAGCUGUUAAACCAGCCCCGGUCUUAAAGACUAAUGAAUUAUCGAAAAGAACAGCAACCACAAACCAAACAAAUCAGAUGAAAAAGAGGCAGCAGCAACAGCAACCAUUGCAACACAGCAAUAGAACUGCCAACCCAGCUAUUAGAGUGAGUGGUAAGCCUUUAGAUCCUACAUCGAAGCAAGGACUAUUGAAUGCAAGACUGUUACAAAUGACUUAUUUAAGAGUAAUGGCAUUAAAGAACAAGAGAGCUGAAGAAUCACAGGCUCAGCUCCAGUUGUAUGAUCUUUGGGAAGCGACUGAGGAGAAGAGAAGAGAAGUAACAGAACUCAAGAAAGAAAUAGAAUAUUGUGCAAGAACACAAGCUAUUGAUGAAUCACUUUCCUAUCAAUUGAAAGGUAUUUCUGAAUUGGAAGAGAAGCUAGCUGCCAUUGAGCCUGACCACAAGACACUCUCGGAGUCACUUGAUGCAACACUUCAUGAGCUUCCAACAAAAGAUAUACUCAUCCCUAAUGAAGAUGAGUUGGUUCAUGGUAUAAGUGAAGCUGAGAGCUCUAGCAAAGAAAUACAUCUCAGGAUAGGUGAUAGUGCUCUAACAGUUGACACUUUAGCUGAGAAUGUCGAAUCUUUGGCUAAGAUUGUCAAGAAAGAACAAAACGAAGUGAAAAGACUCCAGGAGCACUUGCAUAAAACUACAAGGACUCAACUGCAUGAGACAUCUCUCCAUCACGAAAAAAUUCAAUUUGAGGCUCUUAAAAAUGACAGAACGAAAUUAUAAUAAAAAAUUAUAAUAAUAAGAAAUAAUUUGUAUGCAUGUCCGUUUCAUCAUUUUGUCUGUUGUCAUCUUGUCCUGUAGUGAAUGUUA